AUACGGAUCAUAAAAAUGCUGAUAGCCGCCGGAGCCGAUGUGAAUAUCUCAGAUGACCAAGAUCAGACGGCACUUCACUUUGCAGCAGUCUCCAGGAGCUCGGAGUUCUUGAAGAUCCUGAUCGAAGCUGGCGCCUUUCUAGAUAAAGCUGAUGAGCGCGGGUGGACUCCUCUUCUCAAGGCCGCGAAGGAACCUGGGAGGCACGCAAAGCUCCUUUUGGACGCUGGUGCAGAGACCGACAUACAAGACACCAAUGGUAGGACUGCACUCCAUUACGCAGCCAUGAAUGGAUGGCUCGAUUUCUGUACAAUGCUGGUGGAAGCCGGCGCAGACCUCAAUCUCCUGGACAGUGAAGGUUGUACGCCACUACAAGUCGCAGAACAAGAA